AUGAAACUGCAUAUAAGUAAUAGUAAACUAGAGGGAACAAUUUAUUAUUAUUAUUAUGGUCAUAAUUCUCCAAGGGAGUUCAUAGUAACCCAAGGGCCCUUGCAUUCAACAAGAGACGAUUUCUGGAGGAUGUGCUGGGAGAGUAACUCAAGGGCCAUUGUUAUGUUGACGAGAUGUGUGGAGAAGGGACGAGAGAAGUGUGAUCACUAUUGGCCCUACGACACUUUACCAGCUUACUACGGUGAUAUCUGUGUCACUAUUCUGAAUGAUAGUCAUUAUUUGGACUGGAGUGUCACUGAAUUCAUGAUGACAAGGGGAGAAACUCAGCGUGUAAUGAAACACUUCCACUUUACAACGUGGCCUGAUUUCGGUGUCCCAUCUCCUCCUCAAACUUUGGUGAGGUUUGCAAGAGCCUUCCGGGAAAGAGUUGGUCCUGAACAGAGGCCUGUGGUUGUACAUUGUAGUGCUGGUGUCGGUAGAUCUGGUACAUUUAUUGCACUCGAUAGGAUAUUGCAGCAGAUCAGGGUCAAUGAUUAUGUGGAUAUAUUUGGAAUUGUGUGGCAAAUGCGCAAAGAACGUGUAUGGAUGGUCCAAACGGAACAACAGUACAUCUGCAUCCACCAAUGUCUUCUGGCCGUCCUCGAAGGCCGAGACAACACAGGACCCCCAAGAGAGAUACACGAGAACCAAGGAUUUGAAGAUGAUGAAGGCAUAGCCGAGUCCGGCAUGUGAUAUGUGAACGAGUGCUAAUAUUAAUAUUUUAUCCCUAUAUUAAAUUAUUAUUAAACAAUUUAAAUCGAAGACAAUGUUUGUGUUGCAAAGAAUUGUUUUUAACGAAUGGUGAUUACUAAAUAAGAUUUUAUUUAAACUUUUAACUUAAACUAUUAAGUUUUACGUAUGUGAAUGGUGGAAUAGUUAUAUAUUUCUAUAUUUAUAAACAAAAAAUGCAAUAUGUACUUCAUGAUAUUAUAUGAGCGAAUCGGAAAUUGUGUGUGUGUGGUAAUUGAUUUAGGUGUAAGUGGAAAUGUGGAUUUUAACACUAAACUGAGAAAUAAUUUAUUAACCAGAUUUUCUGGUGGAAACAAACUUCUCCUUUAAGAUUUAGUGUUAAAAGUUUUCAAUCAAUCUAUAUUGUAUAUUGAUUCAAGUAUUUUUAACUCGUAGCCCAC